UGUUUAAGCGAAAUUUAUUGUUCUAACCUCUUAAAAGGAGAGAUCUGUAUGCGAGAAAGUGCUUGGAAUAACAGGUGCUUAGUUUGUUGUGAACAAUGGAUAAUUUUAGUUAUUGGAACUAUUGGAAGAGGCCCUUGCCGUUCUACCGCCAGUUAACGCAAAUGAAUAUAACACUGAUGAGGAU